AAAUACAACAUGUUCAAAUCAAAAAUAACACUCAAAAAACACCGCUUGAUCCACGCCGAAGAUCGUGUUUAUUUCCCCUGCAGUGUGUGCGAAAAGUCGCUGAAAUCGAUGGCAGCGCUGCGCGUGCAUAUGCGCAUUCACACGCAGGAAAAGCCCCACGCUUGCCACAUCUGCGGCCAGGGAUUUGCGUACAAGUGCUUGGUUAAGCCGCACAUCAAGAGGUGUCACUAGAGGAUCAUUUGGUUGAUUGAUACCUACUUGUUAAUUAUGUGUUAAAAUAAACUGAAUUGCCUGGCGAAUUUCGGCAACAAACAUAA